UCACCACGUGUGUGUCUAUUUUUGCCAUUUGUGCAAAUAAAUCACUGAAGUCUGAAUUUUUAUUCUUCUGUCAUUCUGACUCCCAUAAUGAGACUCACCAUCCUAUCCUGAAAUCCUAUAUCAUCCUAUUUUACACUAUGAAUACUUUUAUAAACAAGAAUCUUAAGCUGUAUCUUAAGUCCUGACUGACAGCCGAUCAUGUGAACUCAAAGAGACUCUUGCUUUGAAAACAAUGACAGGAAACAGCGUUGUGUAAUAGUUGCGCACUUUACGCGGCGGAGGGUUUGGUGUCUCCACGGUGUCGUCGUGCCAGAAUAAACAAUAAUAAUAAAGGCAGAAUCGUGGUUCACCGAGCAGUUUGAAGAUGGAGAAGAAAGAGGAGACCGUCGUGGUCAAACGGACCAGUUCAGAGCAGAGGAAGCUGCAUUCCCGUGAUGCGGCCAGGUGCAGGCGGAGUAAGGAGACAGAGGUCUUUUAUGAGCUCGCCCGCACUCUCCCCCUCCCCCGCCGAAUCUCCAGCCACCUGGACAAAGCCGCCAUCAUGAGAGUCACCCUCAGCUACCUGCGGAUGCGCCACCUCCUCCAACCCGGUGAGAAUCAAAAGGAGUCGUCUAAAGAAGAAGAAGAAGAGAAGGAGGAGGAGGAGGAGGAGAAGGAAGAGGAGGAGGAGGAGGAGGAGGAGGUGGAAGAAGAUCCAAUGGACUCUUUCUAUCCUCAGGUGUUGGCUGGUUUCAUCAUGGUGAUGACGGAGGAAGGAGACAUGAUCUACCUGACAGACAAUGUCAGCAGACACAUCGGCAUCACUCAGCUGGAGCUGCUGGGUCAGAGUGUCUAUGACUUUGUUCAUCCCUGUGAUCAGGAGGAGCUCCGAGACCUGCUGGCUUCACGCCCAGGUUCGAGUAAGAAACCGUUGACAGCACAGGCGAGCGAGAGGAACUUCUUCCUGCGAAUGAAGAGCACACUGACCAGCAGGGGGCGCACCGUCAACAUCAAGUCCGCCACUUGGAAGGUUCUUCACUGCACAGGUCACAUGCGACCGUUCGGCGGCUCCUCGUCGCCCCCUGCAGCCAGAGUGAUGACUGUGCUGUGUGAGCCUGUCCCUCACCCGUCCAGUGUGGAGUUCCCUCUGGACACCUGCACCUUCCUCACCCGCCACAGCAUGGACCUGCGCUUCACACACUGCGAGGGCAGGGUGACAGAGUUAGUGGGAUACAAACCUGACGAUCUGAUUGGCCGUUCAGCCUUUGAGUUUCAUCACGCGCUCGACUCUGAUCACGUCAACAAGAGCCUGCACACAUUGCUCUCCAAAGGUCAGGUGAGCACCAGUCACUACCGUUUCCUGGCGAACAGCGGCGGCUUCGUCUGGGCGGAGACUCAGGCCACCGUCCUCUACAGCAGCAAGACGUCGCAACCCGAGGCCGUCGUCUGCCUCAACUUCAUACUCAGCGCCAUAGAGCAGCCGGACGUCGUUUUCUCCGUCGAGCAGAUCCGUUGCGGCCAGCUGCCUAAAGCUGAACUCGAGUCACCUUCGGCUGCAGCAAAGGAAUGUGAGACCUCUGACCUCUGUGACCCCGACGGCGAGCGUCUCUCUGACUGCGGUCAGACCGACGACGCGGGUUCGAAUCCCAGCAGCGCUGCGGAGCUUUUCUUGAAACUGAACGAGGAGCCGGAGGAGCUUCUCCAGUUGGCUCCCGAGCCCGGAGACACCAUCAUACCGCUGACCGGAGAUUUCGUCGAGCUGUCGUUCGCCAAUCCGCUCAGUCCGAGCUCAGUGCUGGACCAUCCGCAGGAUCUCUGCACGCCACAGCUGCGCCAGCUCCUCUCACCCAUCUUCAAUCCCAUCACUCCACCCUCAUCAUCAUCAUCAUCAUCAUCACCUGAUCCUAAGCAAGAGCCGGUAAAUACAAACCUUAAAUAUUUAAAAUCUUUUUCUUUUUUUCCUCUGAAAGUGUCUCUCAGUCAGAUUUGUCGUCUCCUCCCUCAGGGCUCUUGUGAGCGGGAAGUGAUGGACACCAGCAAGGUCGAGCAGUUCUUCGCUGUUUGGCCAGAAGACAGUCAGAAGGCAGAAGGACAAACACUGGAGUACAUGGAGGGGAUGGACCUGGACAUGUUGGCUCCUUACAUCUCUAUGGACGAUGACUUCCAGCUGACCUUCCUCAGCAGCCUCCCAGAGGAAGCCGACAAAUCUCCCUCCUCUUCGUCUGAGCCCUCGGCUGUGACGCCCGUAGUCUCAGCGAGCAGGAAACGGACCCAUAACCCAGAUGAGGAAAUGCCGUCCCAGCUGAUGAUUCAGGACAAGAGACAGAAACAGGAUCCUUCCUCAAUAGAAGAGGAACUGCUUCUCAGCCACAGAUUACUGGGUUCUCUGGAGGAAACCGACCAAUCAGAUCUGCUCCUGGACCCGGGUCCUGGAGGACGGAGUCAGCUGCUCACAGACAGAGACCCUGUUCUAGGAGGCAUGCAGGGACUCUGUGAUACUGCAGCUCUGAUGAGGGACAUCUUCGUACCACGCCCGCCCGACCUGUCGCCGCCUCUCUCACCUAUGACCUGAUGAAGCACCCGUCAGUCAGUCAGUUCAAGAGAUGGCUCAACUUCUGCGUUCAAAAGCGAGAAACUCCGACGCCAGAUCUGUCCAGCAAAAAAAAACAUAGCAACCUUGAGCGCGCACACACAUACACACACAUUUAGACACACUCACAACAUCCGCUGUGUAACCAUGCCGUUGCUUGUAGCUGAAUCAAGACAGUCACAUGUUAUGGGUUUUUUUUUUUCUUUCUCUCACUGUGAAUCAAAAGCUGAGAUGAGGUGUUUUAAAGGUCAGGCUGAAAGUGCUGCGGUCCGCUCUCAGUCAGUUUCGCAGUUGGUUUUUUCUUCUGCAUUUGUUCUUCUACACUUCAUCGCUGAUUUAAUGUGAGAAAGAAUUGUCAUUGUGGUCUGUCUGUUUCAUCUGAUUCACGGAAACAGCAGGUGGUGCUACAUUUUAUUUUAAAAGGUGUUAAAAAAACGUUUAACAGCGUGACAAACCUGAAAAGUCUUUUUCUCUGUGCAGCUUUCAAGUUUUUUCUGACCAUAUUUAACAUCUUUGUCAUCAUUUAAACAUGUAAAAAAAACCUGUGCAGGAACUCCCAUAAUGCUCUGCUUUGACUUUGAGCCAAACGUCGAAUAGGAACGUUUUCUGCGUUUUUUUUUCUGAGUCAAAGAAACUUGCGAACAUCAGUGGCAACAUCGAUCGUUUCAGUGGCAUCUUUUUAUACACUUCCUUUUUUUUUAAAUGGUGCAUUUUACAAGAAAGAUGAAUUCUCAACUUCUAUGUUAUCUGCCUGAGUCAACAGUUAUCUGCAAUUUAUUCUUGUAGGUGUUUGUUUUAAUCCUCCUGACGUGCCGGGUGGGUGGGGUUUACUUUAUCUAACACUCCCUAUCAGCUGAUAUCUGGCGUCAAAGUGGACUAAAACAAAAACCAUGAAACAUGUUGAUUCAUGCAGUUUGAUACAUCCUUUUAUUAUAACUUUAAAUAUAUUAUCUGAUUAAGUUGCGGUAGUGAAAUAGUUAAUGAUUAAUGAGACAAACGGUAGAGGUUCUCUCUCUCUCUAUAUAUAUAUACGUUUAGAAAUGUAAUGAAACACUAGUAUUAAUGUUUUUCUUAUAUUUUAUUUGACUUGUAACAAAUUGUGCCUCACAUGUAAGUAGAAGAGUUUAAUGAGAUAUUGUGAUGCUACUACGCUGUCUGUUUUUAUUUGUCCACAGACAGUUAAGGGAAGAUUUUCUUAUAACAUGUAAACUGCCAACUCUAAACUAUCCGUCCUAAAUUAAUGUGAAAUGGCCAUUUUUUUUGUUUAUUUCAGACAUGUUAGCUCUUCCAAAGCUCUCUGUGCCUUUUUAUCAUCCAGGAGGAAACGACCUGUUAGCAACACACAGGCUCUGCUCUAAAUGUCCCCAGUGAUUCAGAAUACGGGAGAAAAUUUCAUACUGUUGUAAUGUUUUUCCUUUUUAUUUUUACGGUUUAUCCUGAUAUGCAUUCUUGAGCUAAAUAAAGCUGUUGAAGCAGAA